AUGAAUAGCCUCAUCCCAGGAAUGAUUUCUCUCAACCAAACAACAUUUAUCAAGGGAAGAAGCAUCGUUGAUAACACACUUCUAGCUCAGGAAGUGGUUAAAGGCUACGGAAGAAAGAACAUUUCCCCACGGUGCACUAUGAAAAUUGACAUUCAAAAGGCAUUUGACACUCUUCAUUGGAACUUUAUUUCUGAUGUCUUGAAAUCACUAGGCCUCCCUCAAUUAUUCAUUGGCUGGAUUGAAGCAUGCUUCACUGAGGCAAGAUUCUCUAUUUCCUUCAAUGGGACUCUGAUUGGAUUUUUCAAAGGAGCACGAGGCAUCAGGCAAGGUGAUCCCCUUUCACCAAUUCUAUUUGUUUUAUCAAUGAAUGUUUUGACUCGAUUGCUAAAUUUGGCUGCUGUUAAAGGACUUUAUAGUUAUCACCCUAAAUGUAAGCAAAUAGGGCUCACUCACUUAUCCUUUGCCGAUGAUCUAUUGAUAUUUUGUAAAGGAAAUGUGGAGUCAGUUGCAGGUGUUAUUUCAGUCCUUGACAAAUUCUAUGAAAUUUCUGGUUUGAAUCUUAAUGCUGCGAAAUGUGUAUUUUUCACUGCUGGAGCUUCGAACAAAAAUGUGGAGAUUAUCAAGCACCUAUCAGGUUUAAAUCUAGGAUGUUUGCCUAUUAGAUACAUCGGAAUUCCUCUAAUUACAAGAAAGCUUACAGUGAAAGAUUGUGAAAGCCUUAUAGAAAGCAUUAAGUCAAGGAUUAACCUGUGGUCUGGAAAAUUAUUGAGUUUUGCUGGCAGAUUAGAGCUCAUAAAAUCUGUCAUGUUCAGCAUUUCUAACUACUGGUGUAGACAUCUCCUCCUACCCCAGGCUAUUAUCAAUAAGAUCGAGCAGCUUUGCUCCCGUUUCUUCUGGAAAGGAUCCGAUUCAACUGCUAAAGGAGUGAGAAUCAGCUGGGCAAAAAUCUGCACAUUGAAAUCGGAGGGAGGCCUGGGAAUAAAGAAUUUGAAAUCAUGGAAUCAAGCUUGCAUGAUAAAGCUCAUCAAGAAUAUCCUCGCAAGCGAAGGAUCAUUAUGGGUUGCAUGGAUCAAGAAAUAUGUUCUAAAGGAAAAUAAUUUCUGGCAGAUCGAAAAACGCUCCAUCUUCAGCUGGGGUUUCAUCAAACUCCUCAAGCUACGAGCUGAGGCUUUACCUGCUAUAUCGAAUAGGGCUAUCAAUAUAAGAGAAAUAUGGCAGGAAAUUAGGACGAUUCAUUGA